AUGGCAAACCUAAAGAGAAGACCGGAGCUCAUCCAGGAUAGGCUAGACGAGACACCUAAGAAGAGAAAGAAACCCAACUCACAGGGAGAAAAGACCGGGCUUUCCGCUAACCUCAGAACCCAGCUAGCCAAAACAAAGGGGCCUAGUCCAGCUCGCGCCACAACAUGGCAAACUGGGGACCCCGUUCCAGCGCCCGGAAUAGACGACGAAUCCCCACUGAAAGAACUACCCAAGUUCGACAAAGACAACAAAUGGGUUGCACCGCCCUCAACUGUGCGUCUGUCUGAUCUGCAGCUUUACAUGGCCUCAAAGAAUUUGAACAGCCGUGAGUUGUACUGCCAGUACAACUACGACUUCGAUUCCAGUGGCAAUGUGCGAUCAUCGGCUCGACGCCCCAACCAGGACCCCGCGCCGUUAAUCUACGCGCAUGGUCUGCUGUGGAUAGUUGCCGUCAAGGGAACUGUUGCUCUGAAAUAUAUCACAUAUCAAAGCAAAAGUGUAGUUUCAUUUGAUUGUCCUGCCUUUAGUGUAGUGGAUUUGAUGAAGGCUUCGCUAGUAUUCCUGGAGUACAUAUCUUCACAGCAGAGCCAGGUCCGAAAUGGAUAG